CAUCUAACGUCGUCAUCUGUGUUGACAUUUUCCGAUGAAAUCCAGUCAUGAAUCAUGUUUUGCUAAAUGGGAGGAGGGUAUCAUGUGAGGAGCCACGCGGGUAGCCUGUGGUCGGGCAUGGAGGCCUCCAAGAUGCCAGGAUCUGAGUGAGACACAUACUUAAAGCCAUGAGCUCGUUCUCAGGCAAAAUUAAGGAGUUCCCACAGAUCUCUGUUGACAGAUUCGAUGGGCGCAACCUUGCCAGUACUGCCUAUUUUCUUAGUCAUGCACAUUCAGAUCACAUGAUUGGACUGAGCUCUCCCCAAUUCUUAGACCACUUAGAAAGCAAUAGUGGUGUAUACUUGUACUGUUCUGCUAUCACUGCUCGCUUUCUGCAGGCAUCUAUUAGACAUCGACCUCUUGAUCCGUUUGUGCGACCACUCCCUCCCGAGGAACCCAUAAAGAUUACUGUUCCCAAUGUUGCAGAAGAAGCCAGUCACCAGCUUUGUGUCACCCUCAUACCUGCAGGACAUUGCCCUGGCUCAGUCAUGUUCCUUUUUGAAGGCAGAGGAGGGACUGUUCUAUACACGGGGGACUUUCGCACUAGCGUUGGCGAUGUUGAACAGAUCCUGGCUCUUCAUAACGCUGAUGGAACUGUUAAAACUGUAGAUUCUUUACAUAUUGAUACAACCUUCUGCCAUCGUGACAUCUUACACUUCCCAACAAGAGAGGAAAGUUCUUCAGCUAUUGGUGAUCUUGUUGAGGAUUGGUUAGCCAGGGGAAAUAAUCAUCUUAUACAUCUUGUGUGUCCAGCAAAAUAUGGCUAUGAAUAUGUCUACCGAAGCCUGCAUGAGAGGUUUGGGAUGCGUGUGCACGUGAGUCGGUGGAAAUACAGAAUGUAUGACACAGUACCUGAAAUUCAAGAUGCACUUACUCCAGAUGCUACUGAAACAUGGAUUCAUGCCUGCGACUGGAGGAUGAAUGAAGUGGAAGAGAGUGAGGAUCAAAGUGAUCGCCAACUACCGUGCCGGUGUGUGCCAUUUGGAGUAGACACGGCACCAAGCAUACGUGUCAUACGACCUUCAGCCAUGUUUUACACCUUGUAUCAGUCUGCUAAGGAAUUAAAACAAAUUAGUCGAGAUGGGAGUUUCUGCAGAGUGCUUUUAUCUAUGCACGCAUCCUGUUUAGAAGUUCUUGACUUGGUUUCCUACCUUCGACCUCGAAAGGUUUAUCCAAACGUUAUUCCCAUGAAUUCUUCUAGAGAAGAGGUUCUAAAACUUCUUCACGAGGCCUUGAAUCGUUCCGGAGACCAUUACAGCAUAGAAUAUGGUGGUACUCAACGACGCAGCAUGGGCUCAUUCAAACGACAAUUACAAAGUAAUGAAAGCAAUAGCAGUACAUUAGAGGCAGCCAUGUUUGAUGGUUACCUCACGUCUCCAAGUAAACGACGCCGGCACAGUGAUAGUAACAUGACCCUUGUUCUUCCUACUCCCCGAGGGAACAUGAAAGGUUCACUCAGCUUAGAAGGUGAGGCUAGAUGUGAUGCAGCUGAAGGAGAUGCAGCAACCAGCUGUGGUGCAGGGACCUCAGGGAGUCUUGGGGCUCAGGGAUCUCCAGGAACAAGUUUAGAGUGGGUAGAUCCUUACACUCCAUCACCCACUUCAUCUUCCUCAUGUAAAUAUUCUGAUACUCCAAAUUCUAGUCAGGAAGACCAUCAGUCUAGUGCACGAAUGACCAGUACUUCCAAAGUCAAUCUUUCUUACAGAUUUGAUGCUGCAAAUAUAGGAACUACUCCAAAUGAUAGUGCAAUACGAAAUGUGAUAGUGAAGGUGUCUCCCCCUGUGACGAGUAAAAUGUCAAGUACUGGAACAAGUAAUAGGGCAAGUGAUGUUUAUAGGCCUGGUUUUAACUCGCAACAAAUGUCUGUUGAUGUUGAUGAAGAAGGUGAUAAUCAUUCUAUAAUUAGCUUCAUCAAAACAAAUGAAAGUCAGGAUAGCAUUGAUCUAGCAAGUGUAUUUUCAGAUGAUACUAGGGAAAGUUCUGUGAUGAUUGAUUUGAAGGACGAGAGACCCGCCUCUUCUGCAGGCGUGGCAGGAGAGAGUGCUAUUAAGCGCAGUCGUAAGAUGUGGUACAAGCACAAGUAUUUCUCUACACCAGUUCAUGAGGACGGAGAUAAACGUUUGAAAGUAGAAUCUAAGUCUACUUUUGGUCCUCGUUCAUCUUCACUGCCUCUCCCAGAGCCAGAUCGUGAAGGUAUAGUGUCACCGGAUUUAUUUCCUAGUCCUGAAACAGACCGUAGUCUUCCUCUCAUAACAGUGUCCUCGCCUUCUGAUCAAGCAAGUGAAUCCCAGGUCUCUGAUGAAACUAAUGUGACUGUUGUUCUUAGUGGCAGCUCUGGAGAACCAUCUGAUCUGGAUGUAAUGUUAGUUGAUGAAUUGCCUGCAGACCAUCUAUUAUGUAGUGAAUCUACUCAUCACACUAAUCCUGCAGCUACCCGCCCUACUGUCAUAUGUGGACCACCGUUUGUUCCUUCAGCUCAAGAUAGGGAGAUUUGUCCUAAUAAUGAAGAACGCACUCAUCUUGUCUCCCCAAGUGAUAAUGUCUCCGGUGAUUCCAGUGAGUUAAAUCGCAAGAUACCACCUUUAAAAUCUUCUUUAUCUACUACAUCUCCAAAAGUUAUUGAUUUGGUAAGUGACAGUGAUUGUACACCAGACAUGGAGGACUUGUUAAUACGCACACACCAAGUAACUGGGGUUACAGUAAAGACUGAAGAGUGUUCAGAACGAUCAUCUUGCUUGAAGACGACUCGACGCAGAGAUAAUGAAGUAGAGGUUGUGACAUUGGAUCAAGAAAGUCUCUGAAAUAUCAUGUGAAUAUAAAAAUAAGAUAAAAUUAACUUUAUUCAGGUACUGUCUCUCUUUUAUUACAUUAAUCACUGUUGAAACUACUGUACACUUACUUUGGACAUACUGUAUCUUUCUAAUAGGAUUUAAUGCAUCCUGUUAUGUUAAAAAGAGGUCUCGGAUGAUAUUACCAAAUCAUCUUAUAGUGAGAGUUGACAUAAUAAAUAAUGCAUUUGUUUCAAUCUGGGCAUACAGGUACAGAAGCAAAUUAAGCUGUACAAAUGUACAAAAUGAAUAUUAUACAAUUAAUUGCCACUGGCUAUAAGGAAUAAAGGUAAAGUAUAGUAUACAUGUGGACGUUCUACAAAGAGUGAAAUUAAGAUUUGUACGUGCUUCCUUUCAGAAGUUUUGUGCAGUUGUAAUGGUAAUGGGCUAAUAUUUUGUGCACAAUUUAGUCAAUUCCUUUGUAAUCCAAUACCUCUAGUCAGAACUACACUGUUUUUGUUCCUAAUCUAUUAUUUUACUUUGUUGUUUUAUUUUAUCAAAAUUAUAAAUUCGUUAGUGUUCUUUGUCUAUAGUACUUACUAAUAUUUUAAGAUAAAUAUGAUCACGGUUAUGUACCUGCUGUACUACAGAUAUUUUAUCUUAAUUAUAGAACAAAUGAUGAAGGAUGUUGCCACAAGGCAAGCCAGGAAUUGUUAACGGUAACUUCUCGGUCUCGAUUCUUGCGUAGAUCCUUUCUUUGGAGAAUGACAACUUGAGUAGGAAUCAGUUUUUAAGCAAAGUUUAUCAUUUUUUCUGGGGGAGCCCCUUGGUGGCUUCAUGAAGCCACCAAGUUAUCUCACUGAUAGCUUCCCACUACUGGAUCAUAUCAGUCACCUGAGUUGUGUUUGGCCUCCCGGGACCAGAGCCAGUGCCUGGCCCCCCCUCACAGAGGCACAGGCAAUUAUCACCCUCACUGGGAAAACAUCUAGAAAGUCAGCAAAGCAUUACAGACAACUGCAAAGUUCAUAGAAAAUGAAGUAUCUGUAACAACUAUAUUAGUAAGUAAUAUACCUGCUGCAUAUUCUCAUUAGCUGAAGUGCAGAUAUUGUGAUGGGUCUGCUAAUUCUACAUAACCUAUCUCUUAGGUGUUCUACAUUCCUAGAAUCUCUACACUAAUUCUUGGUCCACUAAUUACAAUUCCCAAGUGUACAAAUAAUUAUAAUUAAUACCUCUUCCCAACCUGCAAGAUGCUGGUCAGUUUGGCAAGGUGAGGUGGAAGCUUGUAAUAUAAGUUUUGACAGCACGUUGGCAGCGUUGGAAAGACAACGUGGAAAUAAUUACCAUCAUUUUGUAUCAUGGAGCAGUCGCUAAAGGCAAAAUACUGACAAUAUAUCUGACGACCUAAAUUUUAGGGAGCAUAACCAAGUAAAUUUUGCAGCAGCCAGGAAAAUGAUAGGAUGGAUUAUGAGAACUUUCAUAUCCAGGGAUCCCAUCACAGUGGUUGUACAGGUACUCUUCAGAUCACUUGUGCUG